CUUUUCCCAAUUCCAACCAAAACUAUUGUCAAAUCUCGAGAGUUCAAGAUGAAGAGAAAGGCAGAAUCUCAAUCCGAUCGCAGCAAUGGCAAAAGCAUCCUAAAAAAACGCGCAAAGACUGGUAUGCAGAUUACUUCCUUUUCCCCACACUCCCCGCACAUAAUCUAAGCUUGUGUAACAGUUCUGUCUGAGGAAGAAGUGCAAAAGUGCUUCCGCAAAGACCUUUUCGACAAGGAUGUCCUCAAGAAACAUACGAAAUCCUAUGCCAAAUCCGAGCCCUACAAACACAGUGUAAUUGACACGUUGAUCAACGAUAAACUCCUACGCGCUGUGCGCGACGAGAUUCGUGACAAUGUUCAUUUUACUCCAAAGGAAACUGAUAUCUACAAGAUCCACCAGUCGGGGGAUCUUGCCAAUCUGGAUGGUCUGGACGAUGGCGCUCUCGAAAAGUUACCGUCCCUCCUCAAAUUGAGAGACGCCAUGUAUUCCUCCUCCUUCCGAAAGUACGUCGCAAAGAUUACAGGAUCGGGCGAAUUGAGUGGGAGAAAGACGGAUAUGGCAAUCAACAUCUAUACACCGGGCUGCCAUUUGUUGUGCCAUGAUGAUGUGAUUGGAAGUCGACGGGUCAGCUACAUUCUGUAUUUGACAGACCCGGACCUUCCGUGGAAGGAAGAAUGGGGCGGCGCAUUGCGAUUGUUUCCCACGAAGACUUUCGAGGAUGAGAAAGGCGAGAAAACUAUUACUCCAAGUCCAGAUUUUACAAAGUCAAUUCCGCCAGCAUGGAAUCAAUUGAGUUUCUUUGCUGUUCAGCCUGGAGAAAGUUUUCACGACGUCGAAGAAGUCUACCAUGCCGAAAGUAAAGAGCAAUUGGAGCGUGACGGCGGACGAAUCCGAAUGGCUAUCAGUGGUUGGUUCCAUAUUCCACAAAUUGGCGAAGAAGGAUAUGUGAAAGGCGCUGAAGAGAAAUGGGGCAAGAACAGCAGUUUGAUGCAACUACAAGGAAAUCCCGCUGCAUAUGACUUUCCCAAAGCAUUGCCUGUCGAAGUCGAAAGCCCCGAGAAAGAUAGCCAGGACAGUGAAGAAAGCGUCUUUGAGGAGGGCGAUCUCGACUUUUUGCUCAAGUAUAUGUCGCCUACGUACCUGACGCCUGAUACUUUGGAGCAGGUCGCCGCACAAGUUAUGGAGACGUCAAGUGUUACAGUUCCCGAUCUGCUAUCUAAAAAGUUUUCCGCAAAGGUUCGCGAGUACUUUGAAGGCCAGGAGAAGCUGGCACUGCCUAGCAACAGCGAGGAGAUUGAAAAAGGGUCCUGGAAAGUAGCGAAACCACCUCACAAACACCGUUUCUUAUAUCAACAGCCCAAAAAGGCGACAUCAGGAAAAUCAAAGAAGGGCUUCGAUAGAGAGCUGACUCCAAUUGAGGAAAUUCUUCAAGUCUUCUUACCUAGUCCACAAUUCCGAAAAUGGCUUGAGCUGGCCACGCAAUGUGAAAUCACAAAGCAUGACGUGAUCGCACGACGAUUUCGCAAAGGAAUGGACUAUUCUCUUGCAACAAGCCAUGAGGGCGAGGCGCGACUGGAGUUGUGCUUGGGGCUGACUCCAAGUCCGGGCUGGGGUGAUGACGAGGAAAGUGAUGAUGAAGAGAAUGUGGAGGAGGAAGAUGAAGAUGAAGAGGAAGAUAUCCCAGCGGAGAGGUCAAGUUCCUCAAAAAGCAAGCAAAACGGAAACUCGAAAGACAAGACACAACCUCCCGAGCUCAAACCCGUACAGGAGGUCGGGGAGAAAAAGGAGGAAGAAGCUGAUGUUGGUGGUCACGAAGUCUUUAUGGCAGGUGAUGACGAUGAAGCCGAUGAAGAUGCAGCUAUAUACAAGGCAUCUUCUGAGGCGGAGGAUGACAACGUUCUCUUUACUAUGCCGGCUACUUGGAAUAAACUGAGCAUUGUCUUACGGGAUGGCGGUGUUUUGAAGUUCGUCAAAUACGUUAGCAGAAAUGCCAAGGGAGACAGAUGGGACAUCAGUGGAGUCUUUGAUAUCAACGAAGCAGAGGAAGAGGACAGCCAGGAAACUGCUGUUACUUUGGAAGAUAGCGAGGAAGAGGUGUUUCAGGGAUUUCCAGACUCGUCCGAUAGCGACUCAGAGUGCGGGAAUUACUGAGUGUUGUUCUCCUAGUUGGGAUUUGAAGUGCCAAUCAGGAUCCGAGCCCGGACGUGCGAGGUCUAGGCUCUGUAAAGAUGAGUACUAUCGAAAAACGGAUAUUCAUGGAUGGUAUACCGGUAGCACUAGUAUUGUCAGUACAUAACUCAAGCUUUGACUGAUAAGCAAUUUGCUGAGUUGUCUGAAAGUAUAUCAGGUAUCAAGCUCAAGUUUAAUCUUUGUACAAGCUCUUCACGAAGUUUAUGAGAUACGAUGGUCAAAUUGGUACUUGGGCCAGUAUGUUUAUUCUAAACAAAAUCUCAUGUUUUCAUGUAUAAACAAGUUCAAUAUUCAAUGCUUCUUACGUUACACAUCCAUCCUUCAAGUACAAGUCCUUUUUUUUCCUCUUCGUAAUUACGAGUACGGACUCCAGAAUCCUCGCGUCCUCGUAACCCCACCUGCACCCCACCUCCCCAUUUGCCCCGCG